GCCAUAGUCCUGCAUCACUUGCAGGUGGUUGUACUGCAAACUUCACUUUGCAAAUCUGUAGUUAAGAGAGUUCAGUCUCAACUCUUUGCUUUUUGUUCGUGAGCCAGGAUGAAGCUGCUGUUGGUUGUUGCUGCUGCUCUGGCCGUGGCCAGCUGUGCCAACGACUCCAUGGUAGACCCGGAGUUCCAAGCCUGGAAACUCAAGUUUGAAAGAUCCUACAGCUCUCCAUCAGAGGAGGCCGAGCGCAUGCAAAUCUGGCUCAGAAAACGUGAAGCGGUGCUGGAGCACAAUGCCAUGGCUGAUCAGGGCAACGCCUCCUACCGACUUGGCAUGACCAAAUUUGCUGACAUGAAACCUGAGGAGUUCUCUAGCGGCUUCCUCAAUGCUUCUGGGCCUCGCCCGCACUUCGUCUCUAAGCUGUUGCAACAUCUGCCAGAGAGCAUGGACUGGAGGGCUCAUGGCUUAGUCACCCCUGUCAAGGAUGAAAAGAAGUGUGGCUGCAGCUGGGCCUUCAGUGCAACUGGUUCGCUGGAGGGUCAGCAUUUCAAGAAGACACAAAAUCUGGUUAACCUGAGUGAGCAGCAGCUGGUGGACUGCUCUGAAAAAUACGGCAGCAGUGGCUGCAAUGGAGGCUCAGUGGAGGUUGCCUUCGAUUACAUCAUUGACAACGGAGGUAUAGAAAUCAAGGAUACCUACAAAUAUGUGGCUGAGAAGCAAACCUGCAGUUCCCACCCUGAUAAAAGUAUUGCCACAUGCACCGACUACCAGCAUGUAAAACAGAAUGAUGAACACGCUCUCAAGAAGGCUGUGGCCAACAUUGGACCCAUUUCUGUGGGCAUCGAUGGUUCUUUGGACUCUUUCCGCAACUAUGUAUCAGGGGUGUAUGAUGAGUCGAGUUGCAGCACAUUCGCGAACCACUAUGCACUCAUUGUGGGUUACGGCAAUGAAAAUGGAAAAGACUAUUGGCUGGUCAAAAAUAGCUGGGGUAAAGCCUGGGGAGAAGAGGGAUACAUCAAGAUGAAAAGGAACAGUAACAACCAGUGUGGCAUCGCUUCUGCAGCCAUCUACCCAGUGGUCUGAGAAGGACUUUCUUCUGCGACACAGCAUUAACUUUAAUUGCCUAAAGAAGCUGAGUUAUCACUCGACUGUAGUUGAUUUUUGGACUGAGAGUCCCUGUACCAUGGUGUACUAAAUUGAGAAAUAAAAGCUUUUUGCUUGAAAAAUA